AUGGUGCUGGUCGGACCAGAACAGAGGAAGUUCAUCGAGAAGGAAACUGAGCUCUGCGCAACGUCAUCAUUCUUCCGUAGCGCCUGUCAAGGAGGAUGGAAAGAGUCUACCGAAAAGGUCAUCCGCCUGCCGGAGGUGGAUCUCGAGGUCUUUGAGAUCUGUAGAGAGUGGCUUAAAUACGGUUACGUAUGUACACCGGCAUCCCUCGACGACGAGUUGGAGGAACAGAUGAACGACGCCGAAAGGGCAGCGUUUGACCCAGAUCCCGCCUACGCCUAUCUUGUCCGCGCCUACGCCUUUGGCAAUAUGAUCUCUGAUACGAAUGGCCGCCUCUACGAAACAGUGCCGCGGCGCUCAGGACUUCAUCGCUUGUUCCGCGACCUGUGGAUCGACCGCGACUACGACGCUUCGUUCUCCGAAUACGUGAAUGUACUGCCGCCGGCGUUCGACGUGGAAAUCGCAGUCCACUGCAUCGACAACAAGGGAAAGUUCUCAGGACACAAACUCAUCGUCAAGCUAAACACGUCACAUUGUACCUACCACGAGCAUCCGCCAGGUAGGGACGGCGAAUGUGAAGACUGCUAUGACAAACUCAGCACGAAGAGCUCGCAGCGUCAGAUGUCACCUUGCCAGACCCUUCUCUCAGAUUCGUGGUGGUCGAAGGACAGCGAGGCGCAGGAUAUGGGACUCUGA